CAGAUGGCUUGUAUGAUGGGGCUCCUUCUAAUAUCACUUGUGGUUGAGGGGGCACCUUCGAAGAUGUCUCCAAAGAAAGGAAAUCACAAGACAGCAGAAGAAUCGGAUCCACCAUCAUACAGACUGAUCUUGGAUCCUCAGUUCAAACCUUCAUCCAGUCUGAUCCAUCCAGUCAACAAUGACUCCAUCUCUCCAUGGACUUAUACGUUUACACAGGAUGAGAACCUGUACCCCUCUAGCAUCGCGGAGGCAAAAUGUUUGCUGACUGGGUGUUUGAACAUGGGAAACGAAGAGGACAAUAAUUAUGCAUCUAAACCGAUUUACAGGCAAAUUUUGGUUCUGAGGAGAAUUCGAGGAGACAAGCACAACUAUUACUUCCGACUGGAGAACAAAUCCAUUGCAGUGGGAUGUACAUGUGUCCGUCCAUAUACUGAAGAAGUUAGAACCUGAAGAAGUUUUAUUAUGUUCCUCUGUUAUAGUAGAUGUUUUCGUCUGUCUAUUAGUCUUAUAAUAUUUCUAUUUCAAGACUUAAGACUGUUUAAUUUAUUCAUGUCAUCAUACAUGUGUUUGGAAAUGUAUUUAUUUAAUUUUUGAAUAAUUUAAGAUUUUGAAUAUUAUUUAAUUGAAACAGAAGAACCCGAUGCA